AUGGCGUCCUCAAGCAGCGGCCCGUCGAGCGGGCCGAACCCGAAGAAGACCACACUGAAGCAAAACAUGAAUCCGAAGGAGAUCAUCAUCACCACUAAACUCGCCAAAUCCGCACGAAACGCCAUGUCGAAAAAGGUGCUGCAGCUCGGGUACUGCUCCCUCGGCACCGAAACCAUGGGCGUGGUGGUCAAGCAUAUGCGCUUACACCAAGUGCAGGAGGUGGACCUGAGGUGUAACGCGAUAGGAGCAGAUGGUAGGGAAUAUUGUUGGGCGAGCUCUUUGUUUUGGACAAAGGACAAGCAGUACAAAUUCCCCUAUUGAUUGUAAAGAUAAUUGCACCCAGAUCUAUUACCGGUAAAGCGUUCACUAUUUCGUGGGUGCUGGAAAAAACAAGUAUUCGAAAAAUUGGAAUUGCUCAAGAUUAUUUAUUCCCAUCUCCACACAGCUCUCGUGAUUCUUGCGCACGCGCUGCACCACGAUCGGCUUGGGAUACGAAAGCUGGGAUUGAAACUGAAUCACGUCGGCCAGGACAAAAACUUGCGCGGAACGGAGGCAUUAGCGGACGCGUUGUCAGAGAACACAAAGCUGCAAUACCUGGACUUGAGGUGAUCAUAGUGAUUUUUUAGAUUUGAGUUGUUUCCUCGUUGCAGAGUUUUCCCGCAUAAAAAACGCUUCAUCAAACAUAAAGCGUUCCUAGGUUGUACGGCGGGUACUAACUACUGCAGGUAUAACCGCCUCGCAGACGAGCACAUGGGGAGCGUGAAGCGAAUUUUGAGCACGAAUCGGCACUUGCUCACCCUUUUGAUCUCGUUCAACAACGAGAUCACCGACAAGGGCGCGCGGAUGAUCCUCGACGCGCUGAAGAACAACUUUACGGUCCAGCACGUGGAGAUGGCCUACUGCAAGUUGUCCGACCCGAUGCUGGAAAAGGUGGACGGUCGAGUGCAGAAAAACCGUGACUCGGUCGUGACCGUCGAUCCCCACACGGGAGAGAUGAUCGUGAAAGCCAAAGACGUCUCCUCCGCCGCGGAACGGGCGAAAAUCGUGGAGGACCCGUGCGUGAAGAAGGUCCGCAUGCUCGGGUUUCCCUUGCAGCACAUCUGCAUCUAUCUGGAGAUGCUGCAGCUGGGAACCAUGCAGGCGAAAAUGGCAAAGUUAGAAGGGGAAGACAAGGAAAAAGUCCUGAAUCACGCCGGCAUGGAGAGGGAAGCGGGGUAUAGAGAUGAAGAGGUCAUGUUGGGACAACGAGGACAAGGUGUUGCAUAUGGACAAAAUACAGGACGAAAUGAUAAUAGCAGUCUCAGUGAUCUACAUUUGAGUUUCCCUUCCGCUUUCCGCAUUUUGUUCGAAUAACCUGAAAAACUCCAAGGUUCCUGAAAGAGAUCCUGCAACUUGAGGAGCAACUCGUGCAAUUCACGGUCGACAAGGAGGACACGGGCGGCGAACUGCAGAAAUAUCUCGAGUCGACUAACGAACUGUCGGCGGAGAUUUCGGAACUCGAGCACAAGCGGAAUUUCGUGCAACGGAAGAUGACGGACAAGAUGAAGUCCAUGGACACGGUGAUCAGGUCCGCCCGCACCGCCUGCGCCGGGCUGCAAGAGCAAAACUACAUGUCCCAAGUGGAACUCGAAAACGAGAAGAAAGAGAACGCCAGGCUGCGGUUGUACUUGCAACGCUGCAAGAAGGACAUCGAAGACCAAUUCCCGGACGCCACGUGAGGGCGGGAGGGACUGGCCUUCUGGGUUCUUGCACAACUACUUCAAGCUCCACAUUGGUUAAUAUUUUGGUGUUGCUUUGUCAUUCGCAGCACAGAUCAUUUGAACACACAUGCUCAGCAGCAGCUUCUUUGUGGCUGGGAACAAACUGAACUGUCGAAACGACGGAAGCAACAUAGAAAAACCAAAGCAUUCCGCAAGAAUGUUGUUGGACCAAGUGAAGCCAUUUGGAACCACUAUGAAGUGGGU